CGCUGAGCACCGACAACCUCCUAUUAGCAGGACGCUCAGCUGCUACGUACGGUGGAGCGAAAGAAAAUUCAACUUACCAUGUCCAUCUCGGCCCUGCUGCCGCUGCUGCUGCUGGGGGUGGUGGUGGUGGGAGCCCAGCAGGAGAAGACCGUCUGCGCGGGCAUCAACGGGAUCCCCGGACAGCCCGGAGCCCCGGGGCAGCACGGGACCCCUGGGGCCCCCGAGAGGGACGGCAGAGACGGUCUGCCGGGAAAGCUGGGCCCUCUUGGCCAACCGGGGCGCGCGGGGACUCCAGGAGUCCCAGGUGAGCAGGGCGAAAGAGGCGAGAAAGGCGAGCGGGGAGAGAGCGGCGUGGGGCCCAGGACGGCCUUCUCUGCGAAGGUCGGCACUUACACGCCAGCGGCCGGCUCCCCCGUGACGUUCAACGUCAUCAUCACCAACUCGCAGGGCCACUACAACCCCGGCACGGGGAAGUUCACCUGCGCCCACCCAGGCAUCUACUAUUUCACGCUGUACGCUCACCCUGGUGAAAAGCACCUCGUGGUUAUGAUAAUGAAAAACGGGGAGGUCGUCUCUAAGGUCACCGGUAUAAACUACAACGCAAUAAGCGGCAGCGUCGUGCUGAGCCUCAAAGCCGGCAACGAGGUAUGGCUGGAGAUGGAGGCUCCGUACAUUAAUUUUCACAUUGACGCGCACAGAGACGCCGUGUUCAGCGGCUAUAUCCUGUACUCCUAGUGAAUAGUUUUUGUUUCCAUCGGCGCGUUUGGGAAAACAGAUUGGGAACACAUUCACACACACGCGCAUG